CCCAGCCCUCAUUCAAAUAGUAGGAAGAUAUAAUAAAUUAACAAUAAUCUGUAUAAAAAAAUACUUCGUUGUUGCGGGAAAGGAAAUCAGUAAUAAUUAAAAUCCGUAAAUUAUUAUCUCGCAACUGACUUACGUCAGGGAACCAAACUAUUAAGGCGUCCUCUACGGUAAUUUUCCUUUUUUAUUACAAUAAAAUACUGUAAAUAUAAUUUGGAACUACCCUUUUGUCGGAUUAUCUUUGAUAUUUUUCAAGAAUUGUAUAUUCAAAUAUUUUUUUAACACUUCAUUUGGCCUUUGCUGUCUUGGUAUUAUCUACUAAAUAAAAUUAUCAGCUUACCAUAUAAUUACGUUUCUUUCUUCCUUCGCAAAGUAUUUUGCCAUAUCACAUUGUUGGAUUUUGUUUUUUUUUAUAAUGCAACGUAAGUUACACAGACGAAUUAUUUUGUAAGUUUUCUUUAGCUGAUAUGGUCAAAUUUUCCUUUUUUAAGUUAAUAGACCGUUCCUAUAUUUUAUAUUGAGAUAUAUAUUACAUAUUUUUAUGAAAAUUAGCAUUUGAUCACAAAUGAAUAUCCCUCUAACAUUGUAGUUUUCUAACUUUUAUGCAUGUCAUUUUUAUUGCCGCACCGACCACAUUUCAAACAACUAAAAAUGCUUCUAAAAUGCCCCUACUAAAUUUGUGAGAAUGUACUUAUAGGAUCCAUUCAUUCAUACGUGGACGCUUUGCAGUUGUUGGAUGAAUGUUGUUUCAAUUUGUAAAUAAAAUGUUUUUGCGUUCAUCCAAUAGUAACGGACCAUUCACCGCACGAUCUGAUAGUUGGACACCUGAUAAACACAUUAUCAUGAAUGUCCUGUGAGCAUCAUAGCAUGGUUGGUGCAAAGUUCGAGCAAAUUUUUUGAACAAUUGAACCUGAUGAAUAAAGUUCCUGAAGCCAGUUGUGAACAUUAUUCAACAAUGAAUCACAUAAUAAAGUACUCAAUAAACUUAUUUGAAUGGAUUUAUACUUCACCAAGUUGUAUUUUCUAUUUUUGUUAAAAAUAAGCCCCUUUUAAUCUAUUUUAAGAGUACGUCAGAUUGCUUACAAAACGUUAAGAACAAAGUUUUACAAAAAACCUCUACAUAUCGUAACCAAAUUAAAGACAACAAAACGUGUCCCGUACUCACUAAUCAAAAUUAGUUCAAAACCCCCUUUUCCAUUUCCUUGUCUUAAAAAGUUAGUGCAACAGCUUUUCUGCCCAACUUCACAUAAUUCCUACCGCUGUGCAUCAUCCUUUUUCUCCGCUCCGGCGGCGGAGGCUUGGUCUAACAACCACCGUUAUCACGGCGGUGUCAUAACCGGACUUCAUCAAUUCUCCUUUCUCCCCCAAUUUUCCAACGAUGGCUUCAUCCCUUCUCGACAACAGUCCACCCUCGACCCCAGGAAAGUUCAAAUCGGACAAAGCUCCGCCGUACCUCCACCACCACCGCUCCCUCCGGCUACAAUCCAACAUCUCCAAGCUCACUUUCUACUCUUUCCUCUUCCUCGUCCUCUUCCUCUUCUUCUUCCUCCUCUCCCCUCCUUCAUCCUCCUCCCCCCGCCGCCAGCUCACCGCCGAUCUCCCCGGGGGCCGCCAGUGGGAGAAGAGGGUUCUCAAAUCCACUCGCCCCAAAUCCGCCGGCUGCUUCACCGUCCUCGUCACCGGAGCCGUCGGCUUCGUCGGCACCCACGUCUCGAUCGCCCUCAAGCGCCGCGGCGACGGCGUCCUCGGACUCGACAAUUUCAACCACUACUACGACGUCGAUCUCAAGCACGCCCGCCGCAAUGUCCUCGAUCGGGCCGGAGUCUUCGUCGUCGAGGGCGACAUCAACGAUGGCGAUUUGCUCCGGAAGCUCUUCGACGUCGUCUAUUUUACCCACGUCAUGCAUCUGGCCGCCCAGGCCGGCGUACGGUACGCGAUGCAAAACCCUAAAUCUUAUGUCCACAGCAACAUCGCAGGGUUUGUGAAUUUGCUUGAGGUCUGCAAAUCGGCGAACCCUCAGCCGGCGAUCGUCUGGGCUUCUUCCAGUUCUGUCUACGGCUUGAAUUCCAAAGUCCCCUUCUCUGAGAAGGACAGGACUGAUCGGCCGGCGAGCCUCUACGCCGCUACGAAGAAAGCCGGCGAGGAAAUUGCUCAUACGUACAACCACAUCCAUGGCCUUUCCAUCACUGGACUGCGAUUCUUCACUGUUUAUGGUCCAUGGGGAAGGCCAGACAUGGCUUACUUCUUCUUCACCAAGGACAUCCUGAAAGGGAAAGAGAUCAGUGUGUUUGAAACCGCCGAUGGAAGGAGUGUGGCCAGAGAUUUCACCUACAUUGAUGACAUUGUUAAAGGCUGCCUUGGCGCACUGGAUACUGCGAAGAAGAGCACUGGGAGUGGAGGGAAGAAGAAGGGUCCAGCUCAAUUGAGGAUCUACAACUUGGGGAACACUUCCCCUGUUCCAAUGACCAAGAUGGUGAGCAUACUGGAGAAGCUUCUGAAAGUGAAGGCGAAGAAGAAAGCUCAGCCGCUGCCGAGGAAUGGAGAUGUGGAGUUCACACAUGCGAAUAUCAGUUUGGCGCAGAGGGAGAUCGGGUACAAGCCGACUACAGGGCUGGAGUCGGGGCUUAAGAAGUUUGUAAGAUGGUACGUUAGUUACUACGGGACUGCGAAGAAGAAGAAUGGUUCAUCAUCCGCCUUGUGAAUUUCGUCAAACACGCCUUCUGUUGCGCUGUUCUCUUAACACAGUUGAAUCAGUUAACCUUUUAGUUUCUUAGUUCUUGUGCUGUGCUUGUGGCUGUGGCUGUGUCUAUGCUAUCAAUGAAUCGGUUGCAGUAGUUUUCUUACUUUGAUUAUCAAUAAAUCAAUAGCCUAGUUGUUGACGAAGAUGUUGCUGAUUGCAUUAGCAUGUUCCAGUUAAAACUUGCUUUACAAAGAAAACAUAAUACUCGUUUGGGAGAGAAGCAUAAACUGAUCCUUUUAAAUUGUUAAUGAUGGAUCCUCUAGUGCUACAUCUGCUUAAUCUCUGAAGGCGCUGCAGAUUUCUGUUCCAACCAUAAUGUCUUGAGGCAGAAGGAUGCUUAUACUGAUGCCAUUUGAAGUUGAGGUGAAGCCAAUUAAAAAAUGCCUGCAAAGUGGAGUUGAUUUAUUUCUCUGAUUUAAUCCUCUGUUCUCCUGUACAGUCCAGUACAGGGAGAGAGAAUUCGGUUUCAGCUUUACUUGUCACUUCGCUUCUGUUUUGUUCAUUUUCUCACUGUCCUUUUAUAUUGGAUCUGAGUUGUACAAAGAACUCUCAUUUCCUGGAGUGCCAUCCAAGUUAGUGCCAUCUCUUCUCUGUCACUAAAACACUUGAAACUGUUGGACAUGGCAAAGGUAGCCAUGGUGAGAUGUUCUGAUCCUCCUGUUGUUUGCUGUAGUAUAUACAUGGGGAAUUCUCAAGGAAGUUCAUUAGCGAUUGGGCGAUACUCAAGGUUGGGGGCAAGCAGUGGCAAGUGAAGCUCAACCAGCAAGGUAGAAAAUGGAGUACGCAAAGUUCAGUGCUGGUUGGAGUAAGUUUGUGAAGGCGAAUUCUCUGGAGGUUAGGGAUGAAUGCACAUUCGAGCUGCUGAAGAAGGAUUGUGUUCUUGUGUUCAAUGUUACUAUUGCCCGUGGUCUUAUGUGUUUCUGAGUUUAGAUGUCCGUUGAGUGCUAGUAAUAGUUCAGGGUCUGAUGAUGAACUUUGGUUUGUUCAAGUAGUUCUGUUUUCUCUGGCUUCCUCAGUUGUGUUUUUGGAGAAGGAACACCCAACUGUUGUUUUCCCUUUGUGCUACGUUUAGAAGCUUGAAUUUUCCUUUAAUGGUUGUGUGUGUAACAAGCAUAAAGUUGACCAGUUGCC